CACUUUUCAAUUGUAUCUGAAUUUUCAUGUGUUUUAUGAUUAAUAUUCUCGUAAUUCAAUCGUUUGAAACAUUAUUUCGCGAUUAUUUUAAUCAAGAAAUUUGUGUCAGAAUUUAAUUUAUUGAAAUUUUGAUAUAUUUAGAGCCAAACAAAGCUCUAAAUUCAUACAUAUUUCAAGAUAUUUUUAAACUGUUAUCGCGAUUUAUCACUACAAAUGUCAUCAGUAGUUACCAAACUGUUUUCCAAACGGAAAAAUUCAUUAAAGUCACCGCAAAGUCCGGAACCGUUACCUUCAGGCAUGUCUAACACUCGUUACCCGCAGAUCGGAAAACCCGCCCCGGAUUUCAAGGGAACAGCUGUAGUGAACGGCAACUUUAAAGAGAUCCAAUUGAGCGACUAUAAGGGCAAAUAUCUCAUCAUUUUCUUCUAUCCAUUGGAUUUUACGUUUGUCUGUCCGACGGAAAUCAUAUCAUUCAGCGACCGAUCGGAUGAGUUCCGUAAGACUAACUGCGAGAUCAUUGCCUGUUCUGCCGACAGUCACUUCAGUCACUUGGCCUGGGUGAACACAUCGCGAAAAGAGGGCGGUUUGGGCCAAAUGAAGAUCCCGUUGUUGGCCGACAAGAACGGAAAGGUGUGUCAGGACUACGGCGUGUAUUUGGAAGACGCG